GUUAACCUCCCGGUAGCAUCACCUCCAAUCUUACUCCCUCCUCCUCCCCCACCACUGCCUCCGGCGAUUUCCUCCUCCUCCCCGUUCUCGAAGCUUCUUCGCCCUCGCCGCCAUGCGCCGCCCGUGGAAGCACCCGACGAAGGCCAGGCACGGCGCCGCUGACCUCUGCCUCCGCGAGGUCGGCCUCCUCCUCCCCCGCCGCUUCGCCCGCCGCGCGGCCGCCUCCGAGGAUCUUGUAAUGCGCCUGCAGGUUCACAGGAAGCUCAACAGGCAUACAGGCUGCGUGAACACGGUAGGCUUCAACGCGGAUGGCGAUACCCUCAUAUCGGGGUCCGAUGACCAGAUGGUGAUGCUGUGGGACUGGGACACUGGUGCAAUCAAAUUACAGUUUCCUUCAGGCCAUAGCAACAAUGUGUUCCAAGCCCGUUUCAUGCCAUACACGAACGAUCAAACCAUUGUCACUUGUGCUGCUGAUGGAGAGGUGAGACUUGCCAAGAUAGGGGAUGGUGGAGAUGUACCUACUACAUUGCUAGGCGAUCAUGAUGGAAGGGCUCACAAGUUGGCCAUUGAGCCUGGCAGUCCUUAUAUUUUCUAUAGCUGCGGCGAAGAUGGGCUUGUUCAACAUUUUGAUUUGAGGACAAAUACAGCCACAAAAUUAUUUCAGUGCAGAAACUCUUUGAGUAAAUCAGGACACUCUUCCAAUAUUCAUCUUAAUGCAAUCACAAUAGAUCCGAGGAAUCCAAAUCUUCUUGCAGUUGGAGGAAGCAAUUGUUAUGCUCGUGUCUAUGACAUCCGCAAAUACAAAUGGGAUGGAUCUUCUGAUUACCCAUCUGACUGCUACUGUCCACCACAUCUUAUUGGCAAUAGAUUUGUUGGAAUAACAGGCUUAGCAUUCUCUCACCAGAGUGAGUUGCUUAUAUCUUACAACAAUGAGAAUAUUUAUCUCUUCCCUAAAAAUGGAGGACUGGGACCAGACCCAAAGUCAUCUGUCAAGAUUGAAGCCAACAAAGGGUCCAAAUCAACAAUAGUUUCAUCUGGAGAAGAUGUUGAUCGACCUGCACCACUGAUGUAUGCUGGACAUCGCAAUUGUGAGACUGUCAAGGGAGUGACAUUCAUUGGGCCAAAUCAUGAAUAUGUCGCCAGUGGGUCAGACUGUGGGCGAUUAUUUAUUUGGAGAAAGAAAGAUGGGAAGUUUUUGCGGGCAAUGGAGGGUGAUGAAUGUGUUGUAAACUGUAUUGAGCCCCAUCCGCACACUAUGACAAUUGCAAGCAGCGGAAUCGAUAAUGACGUAAAGAUAUGGACUCCCUCUGCCACUGAGCGAGCACCAGUGGUAAACAUUGAGGAGUUGAAGCCUCGUAAAAGAAGAACAAAACUCUGGCACUUUUCUCUACCAGAGGAAUUGAUCUUUCAUGUUCUGGCAUCACGACGCAGACAGCAAGCAGCUGGAGAUGAUGAUUCAUCUGAGGAUCUUGAGGACAGCACAGGAUUGCUUAAUCUUGUACUCCGAGCUGCGGAGAGAGACGUGCUAUCUGAUGAGGAUGAAGAAUCCUCCGAGGACUCUGGAGAUUGUAGUCUCAACUUAUCUAUGGCUCAACCCUGGAAACAUUGCUAAAUUGUACAUAUACAGUGAUGUUUUAUCCUGUUUUCAUGGACGUGUGUUUUUCAGUUAGCGGUGUAUGAGUGCCAGAUGUUCCUGAUCUAUCUCCAUCAUCUCCACUCCCGCCCAUUGAUCCAGUGAACAAACUAGCACGUACAGAGAAUUCAGAUUCUCUUCAAGCAUAUGUCAAGUGUAAAUAAGUUCACAUAAAUAAGCAGACAUACAAUACAUAAUCAUGUCUA